AUACCCAUAUAUAUAUUCUUGGAUAUAUAUUUACAUCCAUAUAUAUUUAUAUAUAUAAAAGAAUGUCUACAUCUUUUUUUAUAUGUCAUUAUAUGUCCAUAUAUAUUCUUAUAUGCUUCAUUUUAUACACUUCAUUGUAUAUUAGAAUGGGAGGCAGGUUUUCCCUAAGCAGUUCCUUGUGAAUUUGAGAUGAAAUGUGUGUUCUUCUCCUGGUGAAUCAAGAGCUUUUGGUGUGCAGAAGCUCCAAAUGUAAUUAUUAUGUAAUUAUAAUAUAUGUACAAUACAUGUUAUACUAUACAUAUUAUACAUAAUACACAUUAUGUAUUAUGUAUCUUUUAAUUGUGAUUAUAUAUAUUAUGUUAUACAUAUAUAUGUAUAAUAUACACAUAUUAUGUAAUAUAUAUCAUAUGUAAUAUAUAUUGUGUGACUAUAUAAUGUAUAAGAAUAAUAUAUAUAAGGAUAUAUAUAAUAUAUAUUAUAUAUACUUCAUUAUUAUGUACUAAAAUGGGAAACAGGUUUUCUGUAAGCAGUUCCCAGCUUGACUUUUCCCUUUGGCUUGGUGAUUGUUGGAUUUUAAGUUUUACACUUUCCUUUUACUGUGUGAGUGUAUUUUAUAAAAGAACAUAUAUACAUAAAUAUAUUAUAUAUUCUUAUAUAUUGUAUAUUAUAUAUGUCUUAGAUAUAUUGUGUAUUCUUACAUAUAUAUUCUCAUUAUAUAUCCAUAUUUUAUAUAUUCUUAUAUUUAUAUGCACUGUAUUCUUUAUAAUAUUUUAUAUAUCCUUAUAGAUGUAAUAUGUAUCCUUAUAUAUUAUACAUAGUAUAUAUUGUUUAAUAUUAAUAUACAUUAUUAAUCAUAUUGUUUAUAAUAGUAUAUAUUAUUAAGGAAACUCCUUGUGGACAAAGGACAGAGAACUCAAGAUCAUCCCUCUGCUCGCUGAUAGAAAUCCAUAUCUGAUACUUUUUUGGAAAGGCUAAUCAGAAUCUCUAAAGAAUGCAACUGUUUGUCUCUUAUCUACCUAUGACCUCGAAGCCUCCUCAGCAGUUUGAAUUGUCCUGCCUUUUUGUAUGGAACCAGUGUACAUUUUACAUAUAUUGGUAGAUGUUCCAUGUCUCCCUGAAAUGUCUAGAACCACCUUGAACACAUGUCAAGACCUCCCGAGGCUGUGUCACAGGUGAUCCUUAGCCUUAGCAAAGUACCAUCCUAAUGAUUGAGACUUGUCCCAGAUACUCUUGGUUUACAACACACAUAAGCAUACAUAAUCAAAUACAUUGCUGUCCCUUUGAACAAACUGUUAUAUGUUAGAUCAUUCAAGAAUAGGAAAAAAUCAGUGCUUUUAUUUUUUCAAAUAAUCUGUCUUUAUUGUAUUUUCUUUCUUUAUGUCAUUUCCAUGUCUUUGCUAUUGUGAAUAAUGCUGUGAUAAAUGUCCACGAGCAUGUGGCUUUUUGGUAGGAUGAAGUAUUUUGUGUUGGGUAUACACCCAGUAGGGAAUUGCUUAGUUCAGUAGUAGCUCUGUUUUAAGUUUUUUGAGAAAUCUCCAGACUGCUUUUUACAAAAUCUUCAGACUGCUUUCCACAGUGCCUGAGCUAAUCUAUAUUUCCACCAGUAGUGUAUUAGUGUUACUUUUUCUCUACAGCCUCACCAGGGUCUGCUGUUUCUUGACUUUUUAGUAACAACCAUUCUGAUUGGUGUGGGAUGGUAUCUCAUUGUGGUUCUGAUUUGCAUUUCUCUGAUAAUUAGUGAUGAUAAACAUGUUUUCAUGUUUGUGGGCUACUUGUAUAAUUUUUCUUGAGAAGUGUCUGUUCGUGUCCUUUUCCUAUUUUUAGUGGGAUUAUUUGUUUUUUUUAUUGUUAAGUUCCAUACAGAUUCUAAACAUUAGAACUUUGUCAGCUGCAGAGUUGGGGUAAAUGUUUUAUACCAUUCUGUAUGUUGUCUGUUUUCUCUAUUCAUAGUUCAGGGUGCUAUGCAGAAGCUCUAAUUUUAUUAGGUCUUACUUGUCCAUUUUUGGUUUUAUUGUAAUAGCUUUUGUGGACUUAGCCAAAAAUUAUUUGCCAAAGUUAAUAUCAAGGAUAUUUCCUAGGUUUUCUUGAAGAAUUUUUACAGUUUGAGUUCUUAGAUUUAAAUUUUUAAUCCAUUUUGAAUAAAUCAUUUUACUUAUUUAAUUAUUUUGAGAUGGAGUCUCUCUCACUUUGUCACCCUGGCUAGUAUUCAGUGGCACAAUUUAGGCUCACUACAACCUCCGCAUCCCAGGUUCAAGAGAUUCUCCUGCCUCAGCCUUUGGAGUAGCUGGGAUUAUAGGCUUGUGCUACCAUGCCCAGCUAAUUUUUGGAUUUUUGGUAGAGACAGAGUUUCACCACAUUGGCCAGGCUGGUCUCGAACUCCUGACCUCAAGGGAUCCACCUGUCUUGGCCUCCCAAAGUGCUGGGAUUAUAGGUGUGAGACACCAUGCCCAGCCUUGAGUAAAUAAUUCUAUAUUGUGAAAGGUCAGGGUCUAGCUUCAGCCCAGAACCGUUUAUUGAACAGGGGAUCCUUUCCCUGUUGCUUGUAUUUGUCAGCUUUGCCAAAGAUCAGAUGAUUGUAGAUGUGCAGCUUCCUUUUCGAGUUCUCCAUUUUUUUCUGGUAGUUUACAUGUUUGCUUUUGUACCAGUACCAUGCUGUCUCGGUUACUGUAGCCUUAUAGAGUAGUGAGAAAUCAAGUAGUGUGAUGACUUCAGCUUCGCUCUUUAUGCUUAGGAUUGCUUUCACUAUCCUCGUUCAUUUUUGCUUUAAUAUGAAUUUCAGAAUGGUUUUCUCUAAUUUGGCAAAAUAUUAUAUUGGUACUUUGAAAGGAGUAAUAUUGAAUCAAUAAAUUGCUUGGGUAAUGAUAGAGUUGGGAUAUUUGUUUCUGCCCAGAUCUCAUGUUGAGUUACAGAUCCCAAUGCUGGAGGUGGGUCCUGGCAGAAGGUGUUUGAACCAUGAAGGUGGAUCUCUCAUAGCUGGAUGCUGUCUUCAUAAAGUAAGUUCUUAUGAGAGCUGAUCAUUUAAAGGCGUUUGGCACCUUCCCCACAUCUCCCUCUCUCUCUCUCUCUGACUCACUCUCUCUCUCUCUCUCUCUCUCUCUCUCUCUCUCUCUCUCUCUUUCUCUUUCCCCUUGCAUUCUCACCAUGGCAUGUUGAUAUUCACUCAGGGUGGCUGGCAAAAUAUUAAAGAUAUAUUAGGAAGUUAUAGAUUAGUCUCAAGCCUUUUAGAAGGCUAAAAGUUUUUAUUGAGACAGGCUGAAGGUGGCAGGCCCAUUAGUUAGGGAGAAAAUGGGGACCAGGCUUUUCCAAUUUAAGUCUGCUUACCCCACAUCCCUUUGUCUCCAGUCUGUUUACUCAUGUAAAUUUUCUGCUGGGUGGUCCUCUCAGGGGGAGAUCAAAGGGGAAUUAACUGUUAAUAGUGUUUACUCUGGGCCCAGAACCUAAAGCUUUUAUUCAUAAAACCACUCUUUUAACCAUGUUAAUUAUCCACAAGAGUGUUGACUUAGACCCUCUGCUGUACAAUUCAUACUGAAUAAAUGCAAUGAUGGAGAGGGAAUCAUGGUUGAUGGGUUGCAUUUCACCCUCUGAAAGCAGCCAAUGGCCAUCCCUAGCCCACUCAUCACUGUAAUGGUGUGAGAGUACAUUCAUUCAUCUGUCAUUAAGUCAAGGUCUGCAGGCCAGACUUCUGCAGGCCAGACUUCCGCAGGUGGUAGAUGACAUCUUAGAUGGUGACCCUGAUGUGAUAGCCAUCGCAGCAGGAGCUCAAACAAGGAACAGAUUAAUGUGAUCACUGCUGCAAAGAAGGAACAGCAGACCUCCUGAGACCAGAAAGUACAGAGGACUGUGCGGUCAGGUCAAGAAGUCAGUAAGUCAUGUACCCACUGGGGAUUGCCAAGCUUAGUGAGGCAUUGUUUCAGGCUAGGGAUUCAUCACGGGACAGCAGUUAUCAGCUCAACAGAUAAAAGUACAGAAUGUAAUUCAAGCUGCUGUUUCUCAAGGCCCAUAGUACUCGGUAAGGAACACACUGGAUGUAAAGCUUUGGGAACAAAUGGGGAGGAAUCAUGCACAAAAGCCUCUAAUAAAUAGGAAAAAGGACAAAGAAAAUACUACAGCUAUAGGAAUUUGACUUAAACAAACAGCAUUACAGAAAAAAUUUUUUGCCUGCCCAGUAAUUAAUAAUUGGCAAGGCAAUCAGGUGUGUGUUUAUAAAAGGAGUAAGAAAAGGACAGAGCUGUGGCCAAGCAAAAGAAAAGAAGGGGGGAAAAAAGACUCCGGCAGGAAAGCUCCACCCAAAGCCUCCAGCUACUGCCCAGGCAGGGGGAGUGAGCAGCACAAGUGGAAAGCAGCAGGCAGCACCUGGGUGGGGCCAGCAUGGCUGCCGUCUGCCAUGCUACUGUGUGCUGCUCUCCAGGGUUUCCCACAGUAACAUUGUGUGUGUUCUUUGUAUAUAAGCAACAUCCCAAAUUGUAAAUGGUGGGAGGUGUUUGGAUCAUGAAGGCAGAUUUCUCAUCGCUUGAUGUCUUUGUGAUAGACUUCUUGUGAGAUCUGGUCAUUUUAAUGUCCUUGGUGCCCCACCCCAACUCUGUCUCUCUCUCUCUCUCUUUCUGUUGCUUCCACUCCUGCUAUGUGAUGUGACUGUACCCACUUUGCCUUGAACCAAGGCUGGACGCUUCCUGAGGCUUCUCCAGAAGCAGAUGAGACUAUCCCUCCUGUAUUGCCUGCAGAACCGUGAGCCAGCUUAAUCUUUUUCUCAUAAAUUACUCAGUGCAAGAACAGCCUAACUCAGGUAGUAUGGCCAUUUUAUGAUAUUGAUUCUUUCAAUCCAUGAGCCAUAAAUGUUUUUCCUUUUUUUUUUGUCAUCUCUGAUUUCUUUCAGCAGUGUUUAACAGCUGUCCUCUUCAGUUUGCUGUAUGUCUAGGCACUUCAAUUUUGUCUAGCUUCUGUAAAUGGUAUAGUGUUCAUUUGUCUCUCAGCCGAAAUAUUAUUGAUAUAUAGAAAUGCUAUUAAUUUUUGUAUAUUGAUUUUGUAUUCUGAAACUUUACUACAGUUGUUUUAUGAGGAAAGACCUCCUCCCCAUCUCCCUCCUCACAGGCCUCCCCCUCCUCCCUCCAGAUAAGAAGGAGGGUAAAGAGAGAUAAAAUACCAAAGAACUGGAAUCCAUGGUCAAGUGACUUGCUGAUGCCACUGACCAGGCCUUGAGGCCCAAGGACUGGGAAGAUAACUCACUUUUUGGUUCCCAGCGUCUAAGCUAUCUAUAAGCCUUGAAAGUGUUGCAAAGAAUAUAACUACUGGCCAAAGCCUGGAACUGGGUCACGUCCUCCACAUUUACACAACCCAGACCCCCUCCUGGAAAUACCUCUGCCAACUAAUAAUUUCAAGAAAGCCUUUGUCUUGUCUCUGUAAGCCCCCUCCCCUGCCUAUUUCUGUGUGCGCUGCAUAUAAACUAGCAAAUCAGUGAAGCCAAAGAUUGUGAGGUCACUUGGCAAAUGGACAGUAACACAGUUUUGCCUCAGUUUCCCCUUUAGAGUUGUGAGCCUAUAAAAAGAGAAAGAAGCUGCUUCUUGGAGAGCUCACUCAUUAAGGCAUUAGCCUGCUGCAGCUUCUGGCCAAAUAGAAAGCCACUCCUUUCUCAGUUCAGUGUUCGAGAGGUUUUGUCUGCUGCUGCUCCUGCCACAGUUCAUCAGCUAAAAGCCUGAAAAGUACAAUAACAAGUUCUGAAAUUGAAUCAGUAAUGAAAAUAGCAACCAAAAUAAGCCUUGGACCGGAUCGAUUUACAGCCAAAUUCAGUCAGAUACAAAGAGAACUGGUAUCAAUUCUAAUGAAACUAUACCACCACCACACCCAGCUAAUUUUUUGUAUUUUUAAUGAGACUGGGUUUCAUCAUAUUGACCAGGCUGGUCUUGAACUCCUGACCUCAUGAUACACCCGCCUUGGUCUCCCAAAGUACUGAGAUUACAGGUGUGAGCCACCACACCCAGCCUAAUUACCGUUGUUUUAAAUUUUCAGUCUUAUAAUCCUUCAACCUGAUUGAUGAUUGAUUGUUGCCUUUUAGUAUGCCUUGCAGUUUUUGCUUGAUGCGCUGUAUGUAACAAAUUGCUAUAAAUAGGGCUUUGGUAAUGUGAUAAGGUGUUGGAGGUAGGAAUUGUUUUACAGUCCUAUGGUUAGGUUUUGUUAUUUUGGUGAACCUGUGCCUCUGGACUGUGAACUGCACCAGUAUGUUUUAUAGACCAUACCCUCUUUUUAAGUGAAACAUGGUGAGUUGAGGGGGCUGGAGUUAGAUAUUUUUCUGCUGUCACCUGGGAUGCUAAAUUUGGUUGGAGUUGGGUAUUUCCUUCAGUUUAGGCAGUUGAUUCUCAUAAAACCCCCCAGCAAGUUAGGCUUUGGUUACAUACCUUCUCCUGAGAGUACAAUAUGCUAUGAAGAACAGAAUGCUCUGUUGUAUUUCAAAAUUGUUUCUCAACCCCCUGCCCUCCACCCUACUUCCAGGUGUGGUGGUGCUUGCAUGUACUCCCAGCUAUUCGGAUGGUUCAGGCAGGAGAAUCCCUUGAACCCGGGAGGUGGACGUUGCAUUGAGCUGAGAUUGCUUCACUGCACUCCAGCCUGGGAGACAGAGCAAGACUCUUUCUCAAAAAAUAAAUAAAGCUGUGCGGAGUGGCUCACACCUGUAAUCCCAGCACUUUGGGAGGCCGAGGCGGGUGGAUCUCCAGAGGUUAGGAGUUCGAGACCAGCCUGUCCACCACGGUGAAACCCUGUUUCUACUAAAAAUAGAAAAAUUAACUGGGCAUGGUGGUGUGCACCUCUAGUCCCAGGUGCCUGGGAGGCUGAGGCAUGAGAAUAGCUUGAACCCAGCAGGCGGAGGCCACAGUAAGCUGAGAUGGGACCACUGCAUUCCAGCCUGGGUAACAGAGCAAGACUCUGUCUCAACCUCCCCCUGCCCCCCAAAAAAAACUAUUUAAUAUGCUUAUGUUUUUUUUUAAAUUUCAUUUUCUUGAGAUACGGCUCACUCUGUUGCCCAGGCUGGAAUAGAGUGUCCCGAUCUUGAGUCACUGCAAUCUCUGCUUCCUGGGUUCAUAUGCUUACAUUUUAGUGGAGUUCAGGCCCCUCUCAUAAUCCUAAACUUGUGGCCUUUUAUUCGUUUUAUAAAGGCAGUUUAGUUUUGAGAAGGGAUAUUAUUAUUUCAACUACAAACUAAAUUUCUCCCAAAGUUAGCUUGUCCUACACAUUUAACCAAGGGCAGUUAAAGGCAAGAUGGAGUUAGUUAGGUCAGAUCUGUUUCACUGUCAUGAUUUUUUUACUGUUAAAAUUUUUGCAAAGGCUGUUUCACAGUAAAGUUGCAUUGAAGCUUUGCCCAGAAAACCCAGAGAGAAUGCCUUCAGGGGAUAGGUAACUCAAUCCCCACCCGCCUUGGUCCUGUCUGUAAUGUGUUUCAACUAUUAAUGUCUCUCAUUGUCAUUUUAAGACUGUUAUAUAAAUGGAAUUAUAUAGUACAUAACCUUUUGUAUUGGCCUUUUUCACUCAGCAUAAUUCUCUUGAGAUUCAUCCAAGUUAUAUUAUCAGUAGUUCCAUCCACUCUUUUUUCUUCUUUUCUUUUUUCUUUGUUUUAAAACUAGUCAAGUGAAGCAGUGGGAGUUUUUUUUUUUUCUUGAGAUGGAGUCUUGCUCUUGUCGCCCAGGCUGGAGUACAAUGACUUGAUCUCAGAUCACUGCAACCUCCACCCCCCGAGUUCAAGUGAUUCUCCUGCCUUAGCCACCCAAGUAGCUGGGAUUACAGGUACCCGCCACCACACCCAGCUAAUGUUUGUAUUUUUAGUAGAGAUGGGGUUUCACCCUAUUGGCCAGGCUGAUCUUGAACUCUGACCUCAGGGGAUCCACCUGCUUCAGCUUCCCAGAGUACUGGGAUUACAGGUGUGAGCCACCAUGCCUGGCCAGUUCCACUUUUUAAAAUUGCUAAAUAGUAUUUCAUGGGUUGGAUGUACUAUAGUUUGUUUAAUCAUUUACCCAUUGAAAGACAUCUGGCUGGGCACGGUGGCUCACACCUGUGUUCCCAGGACUUUGGGAGGCUGAAGUGGGCAGAUUGCUUUGAGACCAGCCUGGGCAACAGGGUGAAACUUUUAUCUCGGCCGGGUGUGGUGGCUCACGCCUGUAAUCUAAGCACUUUGGAGGUCAAGAUGGGUGGAUCACCUGAGGUUGGGAGUUCAAGACCAGCCUGACCAACAUGGUGAAACCCCGUCUUUAUUUAAAAAAAAAAAAAGAAGAAGAAAGAAAGAAAGAAACUCUUAACUCUAUUAAAAAUACAGAAAAAAUAAUUAGCUGGGUGUGGUGACUCACACCUAUGGUCACAGCUACUUGGGUGGCUGAGGUGGGAGGAUCACUUGAGUCUGGGAGGUGGAAGUUGCAGUGAGCCAUUGGGCAUGCCACCCACUUUAGCCUGGGCGACAGAGGGAGACCUCUUCUGAAGAAAAAAAAUCUGAAUUCUUCUAAUUUUUUUUUGGCUAUGAUGAAUAAAACUUCUGUCAAUAUUUGUAUACAAGUUUUUUUUUUUUUUUUUUUUGAGACAUAAUCUGGCUAUGAGCCCAGGUUGGAGUAUGGUUGGUAUGAUCUUGGCUCACUACAACCUCUGCCUCUCAGGCUGAAGUGAUCCUCCCACCUCUACCUCCUGAUUAACUGGGACCACAGGUGCAUGCCACCACACCAGCUAAUUUUUUUAGUUAAUAAAGAAACAAGGUUUUGCAGUGUUGCCCAGGCUGGUCUCAGACUCUUGGGCUCAAGUGAUCUGCCUGCCAUAGGCUCCCAAAUUGCUGGGAUUACAGGUGCGAGCCACUGCACCCAGAUGAUACACAAGUUUUUGUGUGAACAUAAGUUAUCUUUUUUCUGGGUAAAUGCCCAAGAAUUCAGUUACUAAUUCAUAUGGUGUAUAUUGAUUUUCUUAAUUAAAAGAAAAAGGAAAACAGAAGUAAAAAAACACAUAGUUCCUUUUCUUUUUCUUUUUUUUUUUUUCGAGAGGGGGUUUUCCUCUGUCUCCCAGGCUGGAGUGCAAUGGCACAAUUGCAUCCUUCAGCUCCCAGGCUCAAGUGAUUCUCCCACCUCAGCCUCCUGAGUAGCUGGAACAACAGAUGCAUGCCACCACGCAGAGCUAAUUUUUGUGGUUUUUUUUUUUUUUCUUGUACAGUUGAGGUUUUGCUAUGUUGACCAGGCUGGUCUUGAAACCUGGACUCAAGCAGUCUCCCUACCUUGGCCUCCCUAAGUGCUGGGAGUACAGGCAUGAGCCACCUCAUCUGUCCGUGAUUUAUUUGUAGAGUACUCACACUCUCCGGUCUUCUUGCACAUAACUUAUUUACCAUGAUUUCUGGUGCUCUGCUGUAGUAUCAAAGCAAUAAUAAUAAUGGUAUAGUUUUCCUUGUCUCAUCUGAUCUGUGUAUAUAUUAUUAUUAUUAUAAAUAGUAAUUACUAUUCAUAGCCCACUCGGAGGCAAAUAAUGGUUACCUCUGGAGAGGUUAGCUCCUUUUCUAGAUAGAUAGGUUGAGGCAUGGAUGUUAAAGAAUUUGUCCAAGGUUAUGGCAUGAGUCACAGUGUUCUGACUCAGAUUCAUUCAGAUUUACAAAUUCUUUCUCCCUAUUCUUGUCUCUUGUAUCAGCCCUUUAUAAUUUUGACUUUCUAGGUGUGAGGACAUGAAAAGAGUUUUUUUCUUUUUCUAUAUUUUAUAGAAGCAGUAUGUAUAAUGGUUAGAGCACUGUACAAUACUGCUUUUUUGGCAACAGAUUUGAUUUUGAAUCACUCCUUUACUUAGGUAAAUCAUUCAGCCUCUGUAAUCCCAGUUUUCUGAUCUGUGAAAUGGGAAUAACAGUACCCAUCUACUAAUCAUAGUAUCAUUGUGAGGAAAAAAUGAGAUAAAGUGUGUAGCACUACCAAAUGUGUAGCAAAUGUUGCUUUAAGUAUAUGUGUUAUAUUCUAUCAAUUGUCUUUAUCAGUUCAUAUGUAACUGGAUAAAUACUGGCAUUUUUCUAUCAUGUACCAUGUCCUUAAGAAGGCUUUAAGAUUGCUCUUAUUCUCUUUUUUUUUGAGACAGAGUUUCGCUCUUGUUACCCACGCUGGAGUGCAAUGGCGCGAUCUCAGCUCACCGCAACCUCCACCUCCUGGGUUCAGGCAAUUCUCCUGCCUCAGCCCCCUGCGUAGCUGGGAUUACAGGCACACGCCACCAUGCCCAGCUAAUUUUUUGUAUUUUUAGUAGAGAUGGAGUUUCACCAUGUUGACCAGGAUGGUCUCGAUCUCUUGACCUCGUGAUCCACCCGCCUUGGCCUCCCAAAGUGCUGGGAUUACAGGCGUGAGCCACCGUGCCUGGCCUUUUUUUUUUGAGAUAGUCUCACUCUGUUGCCCAGGCUGGAGUGCAGUGGCACGAUCUUGGCUCACUGAAACUUCCCACCUCCCAGGUUCAAGCAGUUCUGCAUCAGCCUCCCGAAUAGCUGGGAUUACAGGCGCAUGCUACCAUGCACGGCUAAUUUUUUGUAUUUUUAGUAGAGACGGGGUUUCACUGUGUUAGCCAGACUGGUCUUGAUCUCCUAACCUCGUGAUCCACCUGCCUCGGCCUCCCAAAGUGCUGGGAUUACAGGUGUGAGCCACCGUGUGCAGCCUAUAUUUAUUAUAUAUUAAUUUAUAGGAAAAAAUUAAGUUUCUCCUGAAUUAAUAAAUAUUUUCUCAGGCUCAUAUUCAUAGAAAAAUAGAAAGAAAUCCUAGACUAUUGAUUUCUCCCUUUAAUCUGCUCCCUCACCCCCAAACAUACACAUAUAGUAGAACCCUUCUCAGUGAAUGGCUCCACUACCCACUUGGGACUUAGGCCAAAAACAGGAAUUACUCUUAAUUUCGCUCUCACAGCUCACAGACAGUACAUCUGUAAUUCCCUUAGCUGUUUCUCCAAAAUGUAUUCUGAGUAUGACUAUUCACCUCUUACAUUGUUAAAACCCUGGCCCAAAUUUCCAUCAUCUUGUCACCUUCUUGGCUAAAAUCCUCUAAUAGUAACCCAUUACACUUAAUAAAAUCCAAAUUUUAUCACGGUCUGCUGGUACCAGCCUGUGUCUGUUCUCUCCCUUGUUAGCAGUGCUCCAGCCAUGCCGGCCUUAUUUCUGGCCUUCACAUGUACUAAGUGUACCUUCUAGGGACCUUAGUACUUGGUGCUCUUCAUUCUCCUUGAAAUAUUUUUUUCACUUGCCACUGUUCUCUAGGCUUGUAUUUCUUUUUUUUUUUUUUUUUUUUUAUAAUCAGACAAAUGUUCACUAUCCAGAACAAUCAAGGCUUGUAUUCAAGAUGCUGGUCUUAACUCAAAUGUCAUCUCAGAGAGGCUUUCUCUGGCCACUGUAGGUAAAAUGGUGUGUGUGUGUGUGUGUGUGUGUGUGUGUGUGUGUGUGUUUUCUUUCACCUUUUCUUUCUAGCCUUUUACAGUACUUGAAGGUAUUAUUAAUACUUAAUUAUAUAAAAAUCACAUAAGCUUUUUGGGAGCAAGAACGUUCUUAUUUACUAGAGUAUCCUCAGUGCCUAGAACAGCAGCGAGUACAUAAUAGCUGUUUAAUAAAUGCUUGUUGGUUAUGUAUCAGUGCUUUUGCAUCCCUCUACAUCCUUAAGUGUUCUUUAUUUGGAACGUUUGGGAAAUGGAAUCCAGCAUCUACUCAGAUUUAAAUAACUAGGUUCUUAAAUCUAAUGCCUUCUUUUGAUUGGCUAAGAAAUAUGAUUGUCAUGGUAGAGUGGCAUCUGGGCCUUUUAGCAUAAGAACUCUGCAUUUAAUAAUUUGACUUCUUUUCUUGAAGCCUUGAGGGAAAUUUUUUCUUUCCCUAUUUCAGUCUGCCAAGAACCUGACCUGGGCUGACUCUUCAGAUUGGAAAACACUGAACACAGUAUCUACUGAGCCAAGCAAGGACUGGGAGUGUAGCUCUGAUACAGUUUGAAGGAAAAGCCUGAAUUCAAAUCCUGCUUUGGCUCCUGACUCAUCUGUGAAUCUAGAUGAAUUUCUUAACCUCUUCCAGAUUUUGUUUUUCUUAUUUGUCUGACGAGUAAUCACAUCUGUCCUAGGACUUGUGAAGAUUCAUGGGUUUUAGUUCUCAAAGCUUUUCUUUUUUUGAGACGGAGUUUCACUCUAGUUACCCAGGCUGGAGUGCAAUGGCACGAUCUCGGCUCACCGCAACCUCCGCCUCCUGGGUUCAGGCAAUUCUCCUGCCUCAACCUCCUGAGUAGCUGGGAUUACAGGCACGCGCGAGCGUGCCCAGCUAAUUUUUUGUAUUUUUAGUAGAGACGGGGUUUCUCCAUGUUGACCGGCAUGGUCUCGAUCUCUUGACCUCGCGAUCCACCCACCUCGGCCUCCCAAAGUGCUGGGAUUACAGGCGUGAGCCACCGCACCCGGCCCAGCUUUUUCUUUUUCUUUUUUUUUAAUUGCCUGGACCCAGGAGGCGGAGGUUGCGGUGAGUGGAGACGGCGCCAUUGCAUGCCAGCCUGGGUAACAAAAGCGAAACUCCGUCUCAAAAAACAAAAACAAAAACAAUACUCUUGCUGUAGCUCCAGGGGUUUCCAGGAAGUAUUGGGGGCAACGUGGUGCUCCAGGGAAGGAGUUGGACUCUCUCUCAAAGACUGUGCAGUGAAUAGAAGGAUGCGAUCCUUUCUGAUUUGAAAUCGGCCCUACUGCAGCCUGCUGAUAUUGUUGGUGGAUGAAAGGUAUGUUGUUGCCAAAGUCAUGAGGUCUGUUUGAGGCAGCUGGUUUCAGUUCCCGUUUCUGGGGUUAAGCUGUUUUUGCCUCUGUGAAAUUUCUUCCAUCAGAAGCUACUCUUCUUUUGUUGUUGUUGCUUGCCAAUAGGAAAUCUUUUGCCAUUUGUGUACAUUUAAGAGUAGCCUUCUUGGUCUUUUGAUAGCUUGGAACCAAAAAAUUGAGCUUCAGUUUCUUCUUGGUUUAGUGCUUUCCUCCUUGUUCUUCCUUUAGUUUUUAGGAGUUCUUGUGCUCUCAGUGCACUGUUUUCUCCAGAAUAAUUUGCAGAUAAAAUUUGUUUUUUUUCUUCAUCCUUCUGAGGUAAGUGGGAAUAAGGAAAAUUGUCAGUCUUAAAUUUGAGUCUUAAGGCUUUCUAUUUCCAGUUUUGAUCACACUUUGUUUUGAGCACAAGCUUUCUCAUGUGUGAGACAUUAGGUAGCAUCGCUGUGAGUUACUUUAGAAAGCUCUAGUGAGCAAAAUCUGUAGCAGGAAAGCUGGUUCUUCACUUCUCCCCCCUUAUUAUAAUAGCAGUAAUUAGAAUUUAUUUACAUGUAUCUUCAAAACAUGUAAAAUUGUUAGCCCAUUUGUGAUAUACUGUAUAUAGAAGUUGGUCUUAUUUUGAGUUUAUAUAUAAAAAACAAAUGCCGCUGCACGUGUGCAGUGGAGGUGCAGGUUCUGCCUGUUGGCAGUUUAUUUCUGGAAUUUUGGCUUCUUAGGAAGAAAGAGACCUUGUAUAAUUUUAAUUGUAUUGAUCUUCAUUCUGUUGAAUUAUUUGCUUUCAAUUUGUCAGGUGGUUAAUUAGAGAUAAUAUACUCUGUGAUUCCACUUUAUCACUGUAGUUUCCUUUGCAGUCUUUCUCUUAGAACUGUAGGUGCCAGACUUCUUUGUGUGAACUCCUGUUUAUCUUAUACUCUGGUUAUUGUUCUAACUUGGCUUUUACUUUGAAAAGUAGUAAUCUUGUCUUGAAAUUUUAUAACCCCUUUAUCCCCAGUUUGCAGGAUCAGCUUUCUUAGGGAAUAAAUUAGGAUGAGGUUUUUGUAUUCAGCAUUCUCCAGCUUGAAAGGUGUAAUAGCCCAUAUUCUUAUCUCUGCUCUCAGAGUAUCCACUGCCUCUGUACUUUGUUCUUUUUUUCUUUUUCUCUCUUUUUUUUAAUUCUUUUAUUAAAGACAGGGUUUCACCAUGUUGGUCAGGCUGGUCUUGAACUCCCGACCUCAGGUGAUCCCCCUGCCUUGGCCUCCAAAGUGCUUGGAUACAGGUGUGAGCCACCAUGCCCAGCCUACUUUGUUCUUAAUAUUCUGUGUUUUAAAUAAGAGAAUAAAAAAAAUUUGCUGCCAUUUUUGAGGGUUUCUUUUUUUUCUUCCCCAUCUACAGUCACGGUAGUGCUGGAUUAGCCCUUUGCAUACUUUGUUUCCUGGCCCUCUUGUGAUCAAUGACAUGUGCAUAAUGAAAUGACUGGCUGAAAUUAGGUUGCUAAUGGUGCAAAGCCUUUUCUUUUCUUUUUCUUUCUUUAUUUGAGACAGGGUGAGAGCUCUGUCACCCAGGCUGGAGUACAGUGGCUCGAUCUCAGCUUACUGCAACCUCAGCCUCCCGGGUUCAAGCAAUUCUCCCACCUUAGCCUCCCGAGUUGCUGGGAUUGCCGGAGUGCGCCACCAUGCCUGGCAAAUUUUUGCAUAUAUAUUUUUUUGAGACAUAGUCAUGUUCUGUCGCCAGGCUAGAGUGCGGUGGAGUGAUCUUGGCUCAGGUUAAAUCACUUCUCUUGCUUCAGCCUCCCAAGUAGUUGGGACUACAGGUGUGCACCACCAUGCCCAGCUAAUUUUUGUAUUUUUAGUAGAGAUGGGGUUUCACCAUGUUUGCCAGGCUGGUCUUGAACUCCUGAACUCAGGUGAUCCCCCCCGACCCCGCUUUGGCCUCCCAGAGUGCUGCAUUACAGGCAUGAACUACCACACUCGGCCUAGCUUUUUCUUUUUAAGGUAUUUGAUCUGCAGAAAUUAAAUUUAUGACCUUGAACUCCUAACCACACUUUUAAAACUUCUAGAUGUUGCUGUUUAUGAUAGUUUUGGGUUUAUUUGGGAUCUUCUCACAAUUCUGAAUAUAAGCAAAUGCAAAUAUUCUUUCUCUUCUAUGCUAGACAUUGUGCUAGGUACUGGGACUAUGACAGACAUGUUUUUCACCUUUACAGAGUUUAUAAUCUAGUGAGGAAGAGAGAGUCCUAACAAAGGCCAGUGUGAUAAGUAAACUUAUUUUGAGAUAUCUUUGGUUACCUAAAUUAUUAAUUUUCAUAUUUUCUAAAAAAAAGCUUCUUGUUAGAGUAUUGAGCAGAUAGUGGGUUUUCUGUAGAAAAUUCUUGAUAUUUGUCAGCUAGAUAUUAGGUAGGUAGUGUUUUAGUUAUCCAUUGAUGUACAAAAAGCCACCACAAAAUUAGUGUCUUAAAACAUUGAUUUAUUUUGUCUCAUAAUUAUGUGGGUUAGGAAUUUGGGCAGGACUUGACUGGUUGGUUCUUCUCCCCUGUGUAGCAUCAGUUGGGGUCCUUCAUUCAUCUGCUUUCAGCUGGUGGUUGAGCUAGAUUAGAAGGUCUAAGAAGGUUUCACUCAUUUGCUUGGUAUCUUGAUAGUCUUCCACGUGGCUUCCCUCUCUCCACGUGGUAUUUUAUCAUGCAGGGCCUCUCUGAGUCUUGCUCUGUUGCCCAGGCUGGAGUGCAGUGGCUCACUGUAUCCUCCAUCUCCCGAGUUCAAGCAGUUCUUGUGCCUCAGCCACCCCAGUAGCUAGGACUACAGGCGUGCACCACCAUGCCUGGGUAAGUUUUGUACUUUUUGUAGAGACAGGAUUUUCCUGUGUUGUCCAGGCUGGUCUUGAACUUUUCACCUCAAGUGAUCUGUCUGCCUUCACCUCCUAAAAUGUUGGGAUUACAGGCAUAAGCCACUGCACCUGGCCAUUGGUGAGUGUCUUUGGAGAGAAUCUACCAUAGGCAGAUAAGCUGAGGUAGUUAUAGAAAAUCCUUAUUUGGGACCAACUCUAGCAGUGCAGGGGAGUCAUUAGAACAUGUAUUUCUAUGUUUUCCUUAGUGUCAUUCUUUAAUUUAUUCUCUAGUGGUCUACUUUUCUUGACUCCUGAGGAAAUGAACAUUUAAAAAAUAAAGUGACCAGGCAUGAUGGCUCCCACCUGUAAUCCCAGCACUUUGGGAGGCCCAGGUGGGAGGAUUGCUUGAGCCUAGGAGUUUGAGGCCAGCCUGGACAACAUAAUGGGACCCUGUCUCUACAAAAAAUAAAUAAAAUUAGCCAGGCAUAGUUGCAUGUACCUGUAGUCCCAGCUACUUGGGAGGGUGAUGUGGGAAGAUUGAGCCUGAGAGGUAGAGGCUGCUGUGACCCGUGACUGUGCCACACUCCAACCUGGGUGACAGAGUGAGAAUCCAUUUCAAAAAUAAAUAAAGUAUGCAGAUUUCCAGUUGAUAUUGCAAGGCAGUGAAACAUUGAUUGAAGGCUAAUACAUGUUAGACUAGAUAUGAAGCAAGAGAGAUAGUUGAGGAGGUUUUAUCUCAGGCAUUAGAGAGGUUUCUGUAGUAAUUAGAUACCUAGACUCUGGAGGCAUACUGCCUGGGUUUGUGGGUUUGCAUCCUGAAUCUACCACUGACUGACUGACUCUUUGUGCCUCAUGUGCACAGAGAUGCCUGUGAGAAUUACAAAUGAGUUACUUUAUGUAAAGUGCCAAGAACAAUGCCUGGCACAUUAUAAGUACUAUGAAAGUGUUAAUUACUAUUUUAACCAUUGUCUCAUGGUUCUAUUUUACUUUGUUAUUUUUUUUUGUUUGUGUUUGCUUGUUUGUUCUUUGGAGACAGAGUGUCGCCCAGGCUGGUGUGCAGUGGCAUAAUCUCAGUUCACUGCAACUUCCACCUCCUGGAUUCAAGUGAUGCAUGCGCCUCAGCCUCUCCAGUAGCUGGGAGUACAGGUGCAUGUCACCACACCCGGCUGUAUUUGUUAGUUUUUUGAGUCAGGGUCUUGCUCUGUCACCCAGGCUGGAGUGUGGUGGCACGAUCAUGGCUCACUGCAGCCUUGACCUCUUGGGCUCAGGCUGUCCUCCCACCUCAGUCUUCCAAGUAGCUGGAAUCACGGGCAAAUGCCACCAUGCCCAACUAAUUUUAAACAAUUUUUGUAUUAUCUCACUAUGUUGUAUAAUCUCACUAUGUUGACCAGGCUGAUCUUGAAAUCCUGGGCUCAAACAAUCCUCCUACCUCAGCCUCCUAGGGCUGGGAUUACUGGUUUUGAGCCACUGUGCCUGGCUGGUUUUAUUUUUUGUUUUUAAAAAGGUGACCUUUUAUAUAAAAUGGUUUGGAGACCUUAACAAUGGACAUUCUCAUAUUGCCUUGAAGAAUUUGUUUUAAAUUUAAUUUGUCUGAUUGUUAACAGGGCUUUGUGGCCUAAACUUUGUGUUCUUUUACCAUUUUCUUUCUUUCCUUUUUUUUUUUUUUUUCCUGAGGCGGAGUCUCUCGCUCAGGCUGGAGUGCAGUGGUGCGAUCUUGGCUCACUGCAACCUCCGCCUCCCAGGUUCAAUCAAUUCUCCAGUCUCAGCCUCCUGAGUAGCUGGGACUACAGGAAUGUGCCACCACACCUGGCUAAUUUUUGUAUUUUUUUUUAGUAGAGGCAAGGUUUUACCAUAUUGGCCAGGCUGGUCUCAAAUUCCUGAUCUUGUGAUCCGCCCGCCUUGGCUUCCUGAAGUGCUGGGAUUACAGGCAUGAGGUACCAUGCCUGGCCCUUAUUACCAUUUUCAUUAAAAUUUUUCAUUACAGAAUGAAAGUAUUAUUUUACUAUAAGCAUUUUUCAUAUAGUAAAUCUUUUGAUCCUUGUGAUAACCCUGUGAUAUACAUAAUAUCAAUAGUCACAUUUUAUGGAUGAGGAAAGUAAGAUACACUGAGGUUAAGUAACUAUUCCUAGAAAUCAAGAUACCAUCAUAUACCAAGAAAAUGAUGGAGCUGGAAUUCCAUCAGCCAUUCUGAUUGCAGGGCCCAUAUACACGAGCAUACUUUACUGUCUCUAAUUUGGAUGUUAUGGAUAUCAAAAAUAAAAUAAACAUCACUCAUAACUUCUUUGUCUAGAGUUAACCAGUUAAUACUUUGGCAUAUCCUUGGAUAUCCUUUGCACACAAUAAAUACACAGCUAAGGGAAUAGUUGGAGUUUUUCUGCUUCUAGGUGUAUUUGCCUUCAGACUGUGUUGUUCACUGUUCUAAAUUUGUGAUGCUUUGCCCCACAGUCUCUGUACCCCUGUAAAUUUAGUCUAGUCUAAGUCAGGCAAGAGCCGUAUGGAGUCAGGGGUGGUUGCUGGCUUGGCCUGCUUACAAUUUGGACUUCGAUCCUACAUGAUGUCACUUGAAGUCUCCUGAAAUUUCCAUAGGAAAGAACUAUUAACAAAGCUGUCAGUCAUAGAAAACUCUUUGUAUUUCUAUUCAUAUGGAGUUUCCAAAGAAACUAGGGCAGUUUUAGGCCUCUAAUUAAAAGCCUGAAAUUUAUUUAAUUUUCCAUUUGGGUGAACUUCACUUAUGCAAGUUGUCAAGUUGCCUUAGAAUUCGUAUUUAAAGGAUUUUUAAACAUGUAUAUCCUCAGGUUGAAUCAAGUUAUGGAAUAUAUGUUAGUAUUACAUGGUUGAUUUGACUUUUAGACUUUGCCCACAUGGGCAUAGUGAAGUGGAAGAGAGAUGUAGUUACUCGAGUAAAUGAGGAGAUUGGACUCCAUUUUAACAGCUUCUUGAAAGUCUGUAGCUUUCUGGAUCACAUCCUAAAUGCAAUAGGAAGGGGAAGAUUUGGGGAUGAAUUAUUAGUCAGGUUGCAGAUACAACUCUAAAUUGUUGGUUCUGUUUUUCGUUUUUUAUUUUUUUAGAUGGAGUCUUACUCUGUCACCCAGGCUGGAGUGCAGUGGCUUGACCUCCACUCACUGCAACCUCCACUUCAAGCAAUUCUCCUACUUCCACCUCCCACGUAGCUGGGACUACAGGCAUGCACCACCAUGCCUGGCUAAUUUUUGUGUUUUUAGUAGAGAUGGGGUUUCACCAUGUUGGCUAGGCUGGUCUUGAACUCCUGACCUCAAGUGAUCUGCCUGCCUCAGCCUCCCAAAGUGCUGGGAUUACAGUCGUAAGCCACCGUGCCCGGCCAUGGUUCUGGUUUUUAAAUCACUUUAUUUAUGUAGCAGAGCCCAAAUCACAUUGAAUUCUUUUGCCACAUAAAUAUUUUAUUUUCUCUUGAGUACUUUUUACUUUGUUUUCUGGUAACAGCCUUUUACAUAUUUCUUAGGACUCUGCUAUUCUUGGGAAUUUGAUAUCUCUGAAGUUUCAGUUGGCCCUAUUGUUUGGUGAGGGAAACCAUAGUGAACCUCAGAGAGGAUUCAAUAAUAAUAAAAACAACAAUAACGAGAUUCAUGUUUCCACAGCUGUUUUCUUAUUUGGAGCCUCAUAACAACACUGUGAAGCAGACAUUGUGAUCCUGUUUUCUCUCUCUCUCUUUUUUUUUUUUUGAGAUGGAGUUUCGCUGUUGUUACCCAGACUGGAGUGCAAUGGCACGAUCUUGGCUCACCACAACCUCCGCCUCCUGGGUUCAAGCAAUUCUCCCACCUCAGCCUCCCGAGUAGCUGGGACUACAGGCGUGUGCCACCAUGCCCAGCUAAUUUUUGUAUUUUUAGUAGAGACGGGGUUUCACCUUGUUGACCAGGAUGGUCUCGAUCUGUUGACCAGGAUGGUCUCGAUCUUUUGACCUCGUGAUCCACCCGCCUCAGCCUCCCAAAGUGCUGGGAUUAUAGGCGUGAGCCACCACGCCCGGCUUUGGCAUUUCUUCAAAGUAGUGUGAAAACAGAGUGAUCCUGUUUUACAAAGGAUGAAACUAAGUCUCAAGGAGGUUAUGUAUCCCCAGAGUCAGAUAGCUAGGAGGUGGAUUAAAAUUGCUAACAUAAGAUAAUCAUUGGGAGAAAAGUCCUGGGUGAAGAAAUUUUAAAAAAGGAUAAAAAAAAAGAUAAUCAAAUUGCAUGAGGAACCUCUAAAUCUAACUUUUAAUUCUCAUCGCGUUGUGGCAUGCUCUCUAGAUGAGUAGUUGUUAAAUAUAAUUAUCUCUUAGAAUUAAAUAGAGACAAUGUAGAAAGGCGGUCGCCUUCUCACCUUUAGAGAGUGAUCAGUCAUGUUAUUGGGAGUGGGAGUAUAUAUGUGUGGAAAUGGGAUGGAAUCUUCGCAUUUGUCUUUUUUGUUUUAUAGACAGGGUCUCAGUUUAUUACCCAGGCUGAAGAGUGCAGCGGUGCAAUCAUCACUUACUGCAGUCUUGACCUCCUGGGCCCAAGCACCCUUCCCACCUUGGCUUCCCAUCCUGCUUGACUGGCAUUUGUCUUAGGUACAUAUCCUAUCCAUGUCGUUUUGCUUCCACUUAGAUAAGCUUUUGGUGAUUGAUAAUUGAUUUUGGGGACUGUGUGAUGAUACACAAAGACUAUUCUUGGUAACCUUUGUCUCAGUUUACUUUAAUGGACAGAUUGGGAAACUUGUUUCUUCUUUUUAAAAGAGGAAUGAAAAACACAAUUGACUGGCACUUCCUCCUCAUCAGCCAGCCCGUCUGACUUUGGUUUGACUUAGCUCCUUUUGUUCUUUAGAGAGAACACAGUAAAAUCACUUCUCAGGUGGCUAGUAAGUGUAUCUGGAGAGAGGUCACUUAUCUUUUUAAAGCAACAGCAAAUAUUUUUCUUCAGAUGAAAGAGAUUGUAUAAUUGUUUUACUCCCUCUGCCUUCUUCCCAUCAGUAAAGCUUUCUCUUGCUUGAGGUUUUGGUGUGUUUAGGUCCCUGGAAAUUGGCAUACAUGUUGUUUGAUAAUCCUGAUCUUUAGAUAUUUAUUUGUCUUGAUAAUGAUAUUUCUAGCUACUCUUUCCCCUUUCUGAAUCCUGUAGGAAUCUAAGGUUGCAUCCCAGUUUUCUGAGUCAUACAGUACUUGUGACCUGUAUUUUAUUCUUCCUCUUGAGUAACAGGAGUUCAGAAGGUCAGUUUUUUAUUUUAGAUUUAGGAAUUGGACUACUGCUAUUUCCACCAAACCUUGUAAGAUUAUAAAUGAUUUAAAUGUAUUUAAACCAUAUAAAUGUGAGAGAUUGCACCAGCAUACUCCAGCCUGCUUUUGUAUUGCACUGUUAAGACAAAGGACCCUCAAAAUGUUUCUUCUGGACUUUUUUAUAUUGGGUAAAAAAAUUGCAGUAAACUAUUUAAAAUUAAGGUAAAUUUUAAGGUAAAAUUUAAAAUUAAGGUAAAUUAAGGUAAAAUUAAAAUUAAAGUAAAUUUAAGGUAAACUAAUGGAACUGUAUUUCUGGCACUUUCCUGGUUAGUAAUUAAUCACUUAUGUGGCAGUUUGACUGAAGGGCAACCCUGGAUUCAUGUCUAGACUUCUGAUCCUAAUCCAUGGGUUGUCAGGGUUACCAAGGAGAUGAUUUCCUUCCAGUUAGCUCAUCCUUAGCCUAUUCAGGAGAUUGGCCUGAAAAUGUUAAUAUUUUCAGAAUAAGUGAUGAGAGCUAUAUAUCAUGAGGAUACAGGCUAGAAUUUGUUCCUUUGUCGUUCCUUAGGUAACUCUGUGCUGUGUAGGACUAGGAACUUGGAGUUUCUUACUGUGAAAUCUUUGACUUUUACAUCUUAGUCUCUAGGGAGAUAAUUCCUUCAACACAGGCUGUUAAUGAUUUUCUUCUGUCUGUAUUUGGAUACAUCUGGUUGUGUACUCUUUAGAUUGCAGUCUUUUGUGAAAUGUGAAGAACCAAUUAUUGUUUGGCUUUUUAUAAUAAGUAGUUCUUACUUUUUAAAAAAGUGAUUGGUGAGGUUUGGGCUUCUAGUAAUGAUACUUUUUAAAAAUUAAAAAAAUUGGCCGGGUGUGGUAGUUCACACCUGUAAUCCUAGCCCUUUGGGAGGCUAAGCCUGGCAGAUUGCCUGAGGUCAGGAGUUCGAGACUGGUUGGGCCAACAUGGUAAAACCCCUUCUCUACUAAAAAGAUAAAAAUUAGUUGGGCAUGGUGGCAGGUGCCUGUAACCCCAGCUACUUGGGAGGCUGAGAUAGGAGAAUUGUUUGAACCCAGGAGAUGGAGGUUGCAGUGAGCCAAGAACACACCACUGCACUCCAGCCUAAAAAAAAAAAUUUUUUUUAAGUGAAAAGAAAAAUAGAAUAUUGCCUAUUGAAAUUAUUAAAUCAUCAAUAAUGCCACCACUCAAAGAUAACCAUGGUUAGUAUUUAUUAUAUUUCUUUUGUAUCAUUUUUCUCCAAAAUAUUUUUUAUACAAAGUUGGGAUUAUACUGCAUAUAGAAUUUUGUGUUCUUUUUCGCUUAACAUGUAUUUAUCGCAUAAUUUAUUUGUUUUUUUUGAUACAGAGUCUCACUCUGUCACUCAGGCUGGAGUACAGUGUCACUAUCUCUGUUAAUUACAACCUCUGCCUCCUGGGUUCAAGCGAUUCUCAUGCCUCAGCCUCCCGAGUAGCUGGUAUUACAGGUGCUCACCACCAGGCCCGGCUGAUUUUCGUAAUUUUAGUAGAGAUGGGGUUUUGCCAUGUUGGCUCGGCUGGUCUCGAACUCCUGACCUCAAGUGAUCUGCCUUCCUCAGCCUCCCAAAGUGCUGUGAUUUUAGGUGUGAGUCACCAUGCCUGGCCUCAUUUAAUAUUUUAUUUAUUUUUUUGAUCAAUUAAUUAAUUAUUUUUGAGACAGAAUUUCACUUUAUUGCCCAGGCUGGGGUGCAGUGAUUUGAUCUUGGCUCACUGCAGCCUCCACCUCCCAGGUUCAAGCGAUUCUCCUACUUCAGUCUCCCAUGCAGCUGGCAUUACAGGUGCCUGUCACCACGACCAGAUAAUUUUUGUAUUUUCAGUAGAGACGGGGUUUUGCCGUGUUGACCAGGCUGGUCUCAAACUCCUAACCUCAGGUGAUCCUCCCACCUUGGCCUCCCAAAGUGCUGGUAUUAUAGGCGUGAGCCACCAUGACUGAUGUUGUUUAAUAUUUUAAACAUAAUUUUUGAUAAAGUUAAGAGCUACCUAUUUAGACCUAACCUACUGUUUGCAGGAAAUAAAAGGUAUAGAGAGACAAGCUAAAUGAUGCUAUGAAGAAGCAAUCAGGUGAGUCUAGGAUGUAAGGCAUUUUAAUAAGUCAACUGUCAUGGUCUUUUAGAAAAGCUAGUGUUGUCGGACAGGUGUGGUGGCUCAUGCCUGUAAUCCCAGCACUUUGGGAGGCUGAGGCAGGUGGAUCACCUGAGGUCAGGAAUUUGAGACCAGACUGGCCAACAUGACAAAACCCCAUCUCUACCAAAAAUACAAAAAUUAGCCAGGUCUGGUGGCAGGAGCCUCUAAUUACAGCUACUUGGGAAGCUAAGGCAAGAGAAUUGCUUUAACCCAUGAGGCAGAGGUUGCAGUGAGCCGAGAUUACACUGUUGUACUCCAGCUUAGGCCACAGAGCGAGAAUCUGUCUCAAAAAAAAGAGAGAGAGAAAAAAAGCUAGUGUUAUAAAUAACAUAAAGCAAAACUUGGAGGCCAUUCUGGAAUAAAGGAGACUAAAGAGACGUAACAUCCAAAGUCAUCAGUUGAAUUUUAAUUAGAUUCUGGAUUUUUUUUUUUUUUUUUUUGAGAGAGAGGAAGUGUCACUCUGUCACCAGGCUGGAGUGCAGUGGCGAGAUCUCGACUCACUGCAACCUCCACCUCGUAGGUUCAAGCGAUUCUCCUGCCUCAGCCUCCCGAGUAGCUGUGACUAUUGGCGUGCACCACCAUGCCCAGCUAAUUUUUGUAUUUUUGGUAGAGAUGGGGUUUCACCAUGUCUCUUGACCUUGUGAUUCACCUGCCUCAGCCUACCAAAGUGCUGGGAUUACAGGCGUGAGCCACCGUGCCUGGCCAGAUUCUGGAUUUUUUUUUUAAGUCAACCAUAAAUGGCAUCUUUUAGGCAACUGGGAAAAUUCAAAUGAGAACUGAAGUAUUAGAUGAUAAUUGGGGUAUAGUAAGGGUAUUGUGGUUAUGAGGCAGAACAUCCUUCUUCCUAGGAGGUGCAUAAUGAAAUAAAUAUGCAGGGUUAAAAUAUCUUGAUACCUAGUGAAAUAAUUCCAAAAUUAUAAAAAGAAAAAACAACCAAAAAACUAACUAAAUAUAGCCAUAUCUCUAUCCAUGGAGGUAAAUUUGGCAAAAUAUUAACAAUUCUUGAGUCUAGGUAGAGAAUAGUGUAUGUUUAUUGUACUGUUUUUUCACCUUUCCUAUAUUUUUGAAAACAUUCAUAGUGGAGUUGAAGAAAUGACACCACAAUGGAUAACAUACAUACGUAGAUAUUGUUUUGAAAUACAAUUUUAUCAGGCCACAUAGUCCAUUGUAUGAACCACAUUUGUUCUUUAAUCAUUGCACUUGUGUAUAUUGUGCUGCUAGUUGACAUUUUAGUAGAAUUUUAACUUGUGAUAAAGUUUUCUGCUUGUAAGUCUCGUGGUAGCUGAGAAAAAGAACCUGAUUUUUUCCCCCUUCCUUUUCCUUCUCUAUCCUCUCUCUGCUCUGGAUCUUUAGUGGAGAAGAGAAAAUGAGUGAGAAAGAUUUCCAUGAGGACAACUUACAAGGACCUAUAUGGCCUCAUUUUAGCUGCUUCAGUGUGUUGGAGCUAUUACUUGCUCCUUCAUUUUCUGGGCCUGGUGUGACAGUGGCUGCUGAGCACUAUGAAGGUUGUCCCGGAAAAGAAUGCUGUCCGGAUACUCGGGGGGCGAGAACGGGGUGCUCGGGCCAUAGGAGCUCAGCGGCUUCUGCAGGAGCUGGUGGAAGAUAAAAGCCGGUGGAUUAAAUGGGAGGGCAAGAGAGUAGAACUGCCGGAUAGUCCACGCUCUACCUUCUUAUUGGCCUUCAGCCCAGACAGGACUCUCUUAGCCUCCACCCAUGUGAAUCAUAAUAUCUAUAUUACGUAGGUGAAGACUGGGAAAUGUGUUCAUUCCCUGAUUGGACACCACUGUACUCCAUGGUGUGUCACUUUUCACCCCACCAUCUCAGGCCUUAUUGCUUCUGGCUGCCUAGAUGGGGAGGUUAGGAUUCGGGAUUUACACGGUGGCAGUGAAAGCUGGUUCACAGAUAGCAACAAUGCUAUUGCCUCCCUGGCUUUUCACCCUACAGCUCAGCUCCUGCUGAUUGCCACUGCCCACGAGAUUCACUUCUGGGAUUGGAGUCGACGGGAGCCCUUUGCUGUGGUGAAGACAGCUAGUGAGAUGGAAUGGGUCUGUCUGGUGAGAUUUGAUCCACUUAGACACUACUUAGUCACAGCAAUUGUUAACCCCUCUAAUCAACAGGGUGAUGACGAACCAGAGAGCCCCAUAGAUGGAACAGAAUUAUCCCACUACCAUCAGCGUGCCCUCUUGCAGUCACAGCCAGUUCGCCGGACACCUCUCCUGCACAAUUUCCUGCACAUGCUGUCCUCCCGCUCCUCUGGCAUCCAGACCAAUCCCUUCCAUCCCCUGGAGCAGGCCUCAUCAACACAGCAGGACCAGGGCCUUCUGAACCAGCCGUCUGCCUUCAGUACAGUCCAGAGCAGCACUGCCGGCAACACGCUCCGCAACCUCAGUCUGGGUCCUACCCACCGCUCUUUGGGAGGGCCUCUGUCUAGCCACCCUUCUAGGUAUCACCGAGAAAUAACUCCUGGGCUGACAGGAUCUGAGUGGACCUGGACAGUACUCAGUCUGAACUCCUGCUCUGAGACGGAAUCCAUGCCCCCACCCAGGACCAGUGCCUCUUCAGUGAGUUUGCUGUCUGUGCUGAGACAGAAAGAAGGUGGCUCUCAGGCAUCUGUGUACACUUCAGCCAUGGAAGGGAGGGGUUUUCCAGCAUCAGGGUUGGCAACCAAGUCAGAUGGAGGGAAUGGCUCUAGCCAAAACAACUCAGGCAGCAUUUGUCAUGAGCUUCAGUGUGACCUGAGACUCUUCUUUUUGGAGUAUGACAUGCUUCAGGAGCUGGAUCAGAGCCUGAGCCGGGAAGCUCCCCAGACCCAACAGGCUCAGGAAAUGCUCAACAAUAACAUUGAAUCUGAGAGGCCAGGCCCUUCCCACCAGCCCAUCCCACACAGCAGUGAGAACAACUCCAACCUGUCCCGUGGCCACCUGAAUCGCUGCCAUGCUUGCCACAAUCUCCUGACCUUCAACAACGAUACCAUGCGCUAGGAAAGAACCACACCUAACUACUCCUCAGGUGAAGCUAGUUCCUCCUGGCAGGUCCCCAGCUCCUUUGAGGGUGUGCCAUCGAGUGGCAGCCAUUUGCCACCUCUUGAGUGGACUGAGGGCCAAACGUCCAGCUCCAGCAGGCUGGAGUUGAGCAGCUCUGCUAGUCCGCAGGAGGAGAGGACUGUGGGGGUGGCCUUUAACCAGGAGACAGGCCACUGGGAAAGAAUUUAUACCCAGUCCAGCAGAUCUGGAACUGUGUCACAGGAGGCCUUACAUCAGGAUAUGCCUGAGGAAAGCUCUAAGGAGGAUUCACUCAGGAGGAGGCUGCUGGAAUCUUCUCUCAUUUCAUUAUCCCGUUAUGAUGGAGCAGGAUCCAGAGAGCACCCAAUUUACCCAGACCCAGCGAGAUUAUCUCCUGCUGCAUCCUAUGCCCAGAGGAUGAUCCAGUAUCUCUCAAGGAGAGACAGUAUUCGCCAGCGCUCCAUGCGCUACCAACAGAACCAUCUCCGUUAUUCCAUCUCCUCCUCUUCCUCAGACAACCAGGGUCCAUCAGUAGAGGGAACCGACUUGGAAUUUGAGGACUUUGAGAGGCUGCUGGAAUCUUCUCUCAUUUCAUUAUCCCGUUAUGAUGGAGCAGGAUCCGAGAGCACCCAAUUUACCCAGACCCAGCGAGAUUAUCUCCUGCUGCAUCCUAUGCCCAGAGGAUGAUCCAGUAUCUCUCAAGGAGAGACAGUAUUCGCCAGCGCUCCAUGCGCUACCAACAGAACCAUCUCCGUUAUUCCAUCUCCUCCUCUUCCUCAGACAACCAGGGUCCAUCAGUAGAGGGAACCGACUUGGAAUUUGAGGACUUUGAGCCUUGCAGCACAGAGAGAGACUCCGUUUGGUUUGGAGAAACUAAGGGAAAAGAACAAGAAUCUCUGCCUGAUAAUCCGGAGAAUUCUUCCGGAUUUCGUCCAGGACCACCAGGGCAGUACCUCUACAAGUCUGUGAGAAUCACACCAUUAUUGAGCUUGGGGCACACAUACCCCUGGAAUACCCGAGGACACACAGAAACAAGGCCAGACUGGGAAAAAUACAAUAAAUACCGAACUCUUUCACGUGAAGACAAAACAAACAUCCAUGAUGGGCAUCAAGACCAUCCUAGAGACAGCGGACACCAGUACUCCAAGAUGGCUCGGUCCUACCAUUGAAGGACAAGAAGCUUCUGGAGGUCAAACUAGGAGAGCUGCCAAGCUGGAUCUUGAUGCGGGACUUCAGCCCUAGUGGCAUUGUCCGAGUGUUUCGAAGAGGUUACUACCAGUACUAUAACAAAGAUACCAACGUGAAGAAGGGCAGGAUCGCGGGGAUUACCAUGGUGCUGGCAUGCUACGUGGUCUUCAACUACACCUUUUCCUACGAGGAGCCCAAGCAUGAGCGGCAACGCAAGUACCACUGAAGAAGACAAGCUCUGCACUCCCCUCCACGGCCUUCUUGGCUUGAGCCCCUCCAUAAGGAACACAGUCUCGAUUAUUGCUGAAGCCUUUCAUAUCCUAAUGGAAUUAACCUCGAAGUAAAAGAUGACUGGUUAAAAACAAACAAACAAACAAAACCAUCCUAGAGUUGGCCGGGCGUGGUGGCUCACGCCUAUAAUCCCAGCACUUUGGGAGGCCCAGGCGGGUGGAUCACCAGGUCAAGAGAUCGAGACCAUCCUGGUCAACAAGAUGCAGCCUCCAUGAAUGUGCUGGUGCAGAAUUGCAAGAUCUACAGUGAUGCCAGCUGUGACAUUUCUGCAGAUGGCCAGCUCCUGGCAGCUUUCAUCCCCAGCAGUCAGAGGGGCUUUCCCGAUGAAGGGAUCCUGGCAGCGUACUCCCUGGCCCCCCAUAACCUGGGUGAAAUGCUGUAUGCCAAGCGAUUUGGUAAGGGAUAGGAAGCCCGACCUAAUGACAGAGGGACGCUGGUGCCUUGGCAUGGUCAUUCCUAGGUGAGGCAUGGCUUGAGUGGGACUAAUGGUCAUAUACUGCCCCUACCUUCACUGGGGCACAGGCCAGAGAGAGAUGGCUUUGCAGGAGUCCUGGCUACCUGACUAGUAACAUUGCAGAAGAAUCUCAGGAUUAGAGUCCUACCACAUGCUCCUGUUACGAUGGCCAGGAAUAAAUGGCACACACAUGCCAAGACAGUU